AUGGCCAAGACAGUCGUGAUCCUGGGAGGAUCGUAUGCCGGGCUUCAUGUUGCUCAUUAUCUGCUCAAGCAGAAGAUUCCUGACGUUAAGGUCAUCCUUGUGUCGAAGAGCUCGCACUUCUACUGGAACAUGGCGUCCGUCCGCGCUAUCGUCCCAGACCAAAUCACAGAUGAGCAGCUCUUCCAGCCACUCUCCGCCGCGCUCGAGCGAUAUCCCAAGGAUAGCUACGAGAUCAUCGUGGGCGCAGCCGGCAAGGUCGACACCAGCUCCAAGACCGUCCUCGUGUCGCUCCCGGGCUCGUCGCGGUCUCUGAACUACGACCAGCUCGUGGUCGCGACCGGCUCGCGGUCCACGACUUCCAGCGUGCCCUGGAAAAUACUGGACAGCUACGACGAGACGGUGUCGAACCUGGACGCGACCCGGGAUCGCGUCAAGGAGGCGAAGCACAUCGUCGUGGCCGGCGCCGGCGCGACCGGCGUCGAGGUCGCGGGCGAGCUCGGGUGCGAGUACGGCAAGAACAAGGAGAUCCACCUGCUCUCGGGCAGCUCGUCGCUCCUCGACGGCGACUCGGUCGGCCCGGCCGCGCUGGCGGAGCUCAAGAAGCUGCACGUCAGCGUCAAGUUCGACGCGCGCGUCACCGGCAGCAAGGAGCUUCCCAACGGCAAGACCGAGGUCUCCCUGCAGAGCGGCGAGACCAUCACCACGGACCUCUACCUGCCGACGAUAGGCAUGCGCGCCAACAGCGAGAUGAUGGACCAGCAGUACCUGACGGACAAGGGGUACGUGAGCGUGGAUGAGCAGUACCGGGUGAAGGGCCUGGAGAAGGAGGGGGUCUGGGCGCUGGGCGACGUCGUGAGCAAGCCAAGGGGCGGCUUCCUCUUCACACAGAAACAGGCGGCAGGCGUGGGCAAGAAUGUUGAGCUCGCUCUUCAAAGCAAGGAGCCGCAGGUUGUGAAGCUGAUGCCCGUAGACAUCAUGGCGUGCGCCGUUGGCAGGAACAGGGGCGCUGGAAGGAUGGGCCCUGUCAAGAUGCUUUCUGUCAUGGUGUGGUUGGCAAAAGGCAAGACAUUAGGCAUCCAACGAAUGCCUGGUUAUAUCAACGGUAGCGUCGCUUAA